AUGGCAAAUGAGCAGAUCGAUCCUAUGGUGUUGCGCCUCGUCGACCGGAAAGGGGACGUAGCACUGGUGCUCCGAAACGCGUCGCCCCCAACCAAGAUCCGCGUAUCAUCCAGGGCCCUGAUCUCCGCCUCGCCGUUUUUCAGAGCCAUGUUGAAUGGACACUAUGCCGAGGGUAAGCAGCUUAUCGAGACUGGUCGUGCUGAGAUCGAGCUGGAAGACGAGGAUGACCCGGAGGCGAUGGUCAUGGUCCUAAAAGCGAUUCACAGCCGGCACACGCCAAGAUUCGAGCAGAUACCACGGACACUGAUGAGGGUCAUCAUAAUCUUGGACAAAUUUAUGAUUCCCAGAGAGAAGUUUGAACGUCAGUUGUUGGCCUGUGUUGAGACGCUGCAGCCCCCGACCGACUCAGACGAAAUGACCUGCCUGGUGUGUAUCGUUUGGAUGCUGGGUUAUCCAAGCGUUUUUGCAAUGCUGGCGCGGGCUAUUGUGGUAGCAGGCGUGAAACUUGAUUUCACUGGAUUACCGGUUCCUGGUCAAGUUGCUGGUAUGAUUUCCCAAACAUGGCACCAGAACAUGAAUCUGAUAUGCUAG